AUGUCCCAAGGACGUAGUAAACGCCUCUCGUCAUUCUUCGCCUUCCUCCGCCCGCGUAAAGGCAAGGACAAGAGCGAUGCUGGCUCUGUCUCUCUGAGGAGCAGGGCAGCCACGCCUUCCCCGCCCUCGGUAGCUGAGAAGACGGAGAAAUCUCCCACUUCUCCCACAUCUCCAAGUACAACGUCGCUCGUGUCGCCAAUCUACGACGCGUCGCAGACGAAAACCAACAUGGCCAACAUGUCGCGCGUGAGUGGGCUCAACGAGGUCGACGUCGCUUCAUUCCCCCUUCCCCCCUCCCUCCCUCCAACCAAGGACAAAGUGGUCACGCGGUCCGAAAGCACGCCCGUCUUCUCCCAUCUCGAUCUCGACCUCACACUGUCCAACCCCGCCUCUCCCAUCUCUCCUAUCUCCACCCGCGCAUCUACCAGUACGCUCUCCAAGCAAUCGGGGUUCCUCCGUCGCGCGUCCAGUGCCGGUCUCCGCAUCCAGUCACCCAAGAGCCGUCCGCAGAGCUUCCUUCCCCCUGCACCUAUACCGCAAAUCGACAUCAAGUUUGACGUUGGGCGCAUGGACGUUGAUUUUGCCCCACCAAAGCCCGCGCAGAGCCGCUCGACCACCACCCUCUAG